GGCCUGGCUUGGCUUCCUCCAAAACCAAACGGAACGAAACAAGCAUAUUCUUUGUUUCCUCUUCUCUGAACAGUUUCCUUUGAUCACGAUCCUUCAAAAACCCUACUCUCUCUCUGUAUCUCUUCAUCUCUUUGUCUCUGAGAUCAGGCAGUUUCUUGCUCCGAAGCUGCUCGGGAGGAUCGAGCAGUUUCCGAUUGGUGCAGGACGAGCUCUUCGAUUUCUGCUGCGUUACCACUGUCAAUUAUAUGAUUUCUAUCUUCACAAUUGGGACCACUUUGGGACAUUUAUUAAAGGCUUCAGAAUGAACUUAAGUGGCCUCAGUUUGGAGGUUUGAUCAUUUUCAAUCAUGUGGCUUUCCUUCUGGAGAUCCAGAGAUCGUUUUUCCCUUGAUGAACUCAGGUACUUGAGCGAUCAAUUGGCAAAAGUUCAAAUCGUUAAUGAUGUUAACAAGGAUUUUGUUGUUGAGGCACUGAGAUCAAUUGCGGAGUUGAUAACAUAUGGUGACCAACAUGACUCGAGCUUUUUUGAAUUCUUCAUGGAAAGGCAGGUCAUGGGAGAGUUUGUACGUAUUCUAAAACGGAGCACAACUGUUAGUGUUUCACUCCAGUUGCUGCAAACAGUGAGCAUUAUGAUCCAAAACCUGAAAAGUGAACAUGCUAUUUACUAUAUGUUUAGUAACGAACAUAUGAACUACUUGAUAACAUAUUCAUUUGACUUUCGCAAUGAAGAGCUAUUGUCAUACUACAUAUCCUUUUUAAGGGCAAUAAGUGGAAAAUUGAACAAGAAUACAAUUUCUCUGCUUGUAAAGACUCACAAUGAAGAAGUAGUUUCUUUCCCACUAUAUGUUGAAGCCAUACGCUUUGCCUUUCACGAGGAAAACAUGGUUCGAACUGCAGUACGUACUGUGACCCUUAAUGUUUAUCAUGUUGGAGAUGAAAGUGUCAACAGAUAUAUAACCAGCGCACCUCAUACCAAUUACUUCUCAGACCUGAUUUCAUUUUUUAGGAAGCAGUGUGUGGAUUUAAAUAGACUUCUAUCUGAUAUAUUAACAAAUCCACGGUCAGAUUGGACCUCUACGAUUCAUGCUGCGGUGGAUGAAAUUGAGGAUAACCUUUACUAUUUUAGUGACAUUGUCUCUGCGGGAAUUCCUGAUGUUGGAAGGCUUAUAACUGACAGCAUCCUUAUGCUUCUUAUAUUUCCAUUACUUCUUCCUUCCCUGAGGAUAGUUGCUGUUAAUGACAUGCAAAGUGGUGUUGUCACUUCUCUCUACUUACUUUGUUGCAUCUUGAGGAUCGUCAAAAUCAAAGAUUUGGCGAAUACAAUAGCUGCUGCUCUUUUUUAUCCCUUGGAGGCAUUUGCAAAAAGUUAUAGCCGUAAAGUCAAUGGCCAUAUAUCUGAUCGUGGCUUCACAUCUGAAAGGCAAGAGUCAGAAGAUGGUAGUUUUACCAACAAUGAUGCUAGAUGCUCAAUGGACAGUGCUCCAUGCUCAUCUGGUUCUUCAGGUUUUCAUCCUGAACAUGUGAUCGCACAAAAUGAUGCUAGUGAUUCAAAUUUGGCUAUAAGGGAGGUUUUGCUUGCAUACUUAACAAAGGGGGAUGAUCUAGAAGUCUUGGGUUCUUUGAAUGUGCUUGCAACUCUGCUGCAAACUAAAGAACUUGAUGAAUCAAUGCUUGACGGGCUUGGAAUUCUUCCACAACGCAAACAACACAAAAAACUUCUAUUGCAAGCUUUAGUUGGUGAGGCUUCAGGUGAGGAGCAACUUUUUUCUUCAGAAAGUAGCUUGACGAAGGAUGACAUCAGUGUUGAGCUUGACGUCUAUGUUGGAAAGAUCAAGGAGCAGUACGGAGUACUCUUUCCAUCUUCUGAAGUAGGAACAAGCCCUCGUGUAAAUAGAUUUCAGGUGCUUGAUGCAUUAGUCAGUCUCUUUUGCCGUUCUAAUUUAUCUGCAGAGACGCUUUGGGAUGGUGGUUGGCUUUUGCGCCAGUUGCUUCCUUACAGCGAGGCAGAAUUCAACAACCGUCACCUUGAAUUGCUGAAAGUUUCAUAUAAGAAUUGUGCUUCUGCUCUCACAGAGGAGGUUAAAGGUAUCUGGUCUGAUCUACUUGUAACUGUUCUCCAUGAUGAGUGGAGAAGGUGCAAAAGAGCAAUGGAGUCAUCAUCUCCUCGGAAGGACCCUAAGUUCCUCCUUAUACCACCUCAGAAGUUCUCUUCACAAGAUGAUAUUCCAGAUGGGUCAUCACUUGCUGCUGGUGAAAGAAUGCACGAGUUGGUGAAGGUGUUUGUACUUCUGCACCAACUUCAAAUUUUCACCCUUGGAAGACCUUUGCCUGAACAACCUCCCAUUCUUCCUCCUGGUGAUCUGCCUGUGGAUUCUCGUGCCCAAACUUCUGGCCUUGAUGCACUAUACCCAAAACCAGGCACUGAAGUCAGUCUUGUUAACGCUGUACCUUGUAGAAUUGCUUUUGAGAGGGGCAAAGAACGUCAUUUUUGCUUUCUAGCAAUCUCUGUGGGAACAUCAGGGUGGCUUGCGCUUGUGGAAGAAUUGCCAUUGAAGAAGCAAUAUGGAGUUGUUCGCGUUACUGCACCUUUGGCUGGGAGUAAUCCCAGGAUUGAUGAAAAACAUCCAAGAUGGUUACACUUGCGGAUUCGUCCAUCCUCUUUACCCUUUUUGGAUCCUGCCAAGCACCCGGGCUACGGGCAAGUAAAAGCAAAAGCUGUAGAUGGAAGAUGGACCUUGGCGUUCAGAGACGAGGAGUCUUGCAAGACAGCUUUUCACAUGAUUGAAGAAGAGAUUAAUCUUCUAAGUGAUGAGGUCCACAGAAGACUUAAACCUUUGCUUAAUCUCGAAAAUUCAACUUGCCCUUCUGUUCGUGUACCCGUGGAUUCACCUUUGUAUUCAACGCCUCUCAAUUCAUUGUAAGUUCUUCGACUUGCUCUACAAUAACAGGUUGUUCAGCCAAAGGGUGACAAAUUUAAAAGCUCCACCCUUUUGUAUAUGCUCCUAAAUUACAUACCGGAUCUUUAGGUUAGCAACUGUGGUUUAGUGUCAUUCUUUUUGUAUACUAGCUUUUCCUUGCCCUCAUCUGUAAGUCUUUAUCCUUUUCUCUCAUUCUUUAGCCAGUUUUAACCUAGGGCCCUUCUUCUUCUUUUUUUUUUCUUCCCUCCCUUGGGAGCUGUUACAUUAUGUAGCAAGUUUUGUAACACUGUAAAGAGGGAACCUCAUAAUGAAAGCUUUUACGUCUCUUCCCAUUUUCAUUUUCUGCCCGGAGCUGACUAA